AUGAAAAGUGGAAAAUCUGGUGGAGACAACAGAAUUAGCGCAGAAGUGCUGAAAUAUCUACCUCCUUUUGGGAUUUGUGAGAUGACAAAGAUCAUCAGUUCAAUAUGGAUAGACCAUAGGAUGCGUGACGUGUGGAGACACGCUGUUAUAAUUCUUCUUCACAAGAAGUUAUCCGCCGCGGACCCCAAUAAUUAUCGAGGAAUCUCCUUGCUGCGUGUUACGCACAAGGUUUUGGAGCAGAUCAUCUUGUACCGACUUAUUAAACAUCGCGAAGAAACAACGCGAGACGAGCAACGACGAGCGUGCUGGCCGAUCUACGAUCGACCAGGUGUUCAUCGUCAGGAGAGUGAUCGAAAUCCGGCAGCGGUAUUCGAAGAAAAUGCAAUCAGCGUUUCUGGACUUUGA